AUUGCUGUUGUUGCGUUCGAGCACGCCAUCGAUUCGUUCGUUUGCGCUGAGGAGCAACGAGAGAGAGAGAGAGAGAGAGAGAGAGAGAGAGAGAGAGGAGGAGGAGAAACGAGUGUGGUGUCGUUGUGGGUUGAAGAGGCGGAGGAGGAUGAUGUAGUAGUAGUAGUAGUCGUUGUCUUCAUAUAAGCAAUUCAUUUGACACACCGACUGUUGGAGGUGUGAAGUGGAGAUUCGUGUUGCGUGGUUCUCCAUCGCACUCCAAGCCCCGAGUAGUAGCUGCAGGUUCCGAGUCACGUGCUCGUUCCUCUCACCGAUUGGGGGAAUAAUAUUAAUUUCUAGGUUAAGAGCCAUAGGCCUUGCAAUAUUUGGAGCUGGUGGACAUUUAUGCAAUGGGAACCUCCGGACCCUCGGGAGGAUUUGACAUUCAGAACUUUUUCAAGACACCGCCCCCGUCAUCGCUUUCAUCUUAUACUCCGCCUUCAGCACCCUACCCCCCUCCCAAUCACCCCUAUCAAACUUCGUCCUCUCACCCUUAUCCCCUAAACAAUUUUGCUCCGUCGAACUCAUAUACCUCUGGAAAUAGUUUUACCUCACUUCCGGGUUCAUACCCUUACAACUCGCAACAAACUCCAGGAAUUCAAUCACCAGGUCCUUACAACUCUCAACAAACAGCAGGGAUGUAUCAUCCGUACAUGCAUUACCCUCAAGAUCAUGGACCUCGACCUCCACCAUAUCCGGCGUCUCCUUACCCAACGACUUCAUACGCCCCACCUGGACCUCAGCAUGGGACAUUUUCCCAGUCGCAAUAUUCUUCUAGUCAGACUCAGGCCCAAACUUUCAGUCAGUCGCAGUCUUCCUCCACUUCGAAUACGACCAGUGCACAAUCUGGCUCCCAAGUUUCCGCCCCAACUACCUCAGUACCGCCACCCCCGCCCGUUCAUGCCCCUAGUCCGGUUUCGAGCCCUCCCUUAGAUGGUGCACACCUUAUGGCCCUUCUUACUACCCAAUCUUCAGCUGAAGUGACUACUAGCAAGGAAGAAACAUCCGCAAUGCUUUUGGGACCUCCCAGUAUGCUCGAGGUUUCUACCCCAGGAAUCAUACCUUCGGACACCUCACAGGUUGUUUCUCCGGAAGUUUCUGUUCCCCCUCCUGCGAUAGCGCCAGCCUUACCAACGGCUCCUCCUGUGAACUUGGCCCCAACUCCCUCAAGGCUACCCGGGAGCAAGCCUCCACGAGGGCGGUCUUUGAAAGGUGAACAGGUGGUUUAUGAUGUGGAUGUGCGACAUAAUGGGGAGGCUCAACCACAACUAGAAGUGUCUCCCAUCACUGUCUACGGUUCCGACCCUGUCUUGGUACUCGGACGUCAGAUUGCUGUGAACAGGAGUUACAUUUGUUAUGGUCUACGAGCUGGAACAAUCCGCAUUCUGAACAUCAAUACUGCUUUGCGUGUCCUACUUCGUGGGCACUCGCAGAGGGUAACAGACAUGGUGUUUUUUGCUGAGGAUGUGCAUCUCCUCGCGAGUGCUAGCACAGACGGUCGAGUAUUUGUGCGGAAAAUUGUGGAAGGGACAUCUGAUGACGGAAGGAUGGAAAUCAAAGACCAUAUUCUUGUAGCUAUGCAGAUUCUCGGAGACUGGGAGUCGGUGCACCCACGGGUUUGUUGGCACUCUCAGAUGCCGGAUCUUUUGGUGGUGGGCAUUGGCAAGUAUGUCCUAACAAUUGACCUGAAUAAGCUCAGGGCUAAUGCACCUUCUGGUGGUUUCACGGCAGAGGAUCCUUUAGUUUGCCAUGUGAACAAUCCACUGGAAGGGGUACACGUAGUCGGGGAACACAACGCGGAUGUUACAGAUUUGUCAGUUCCUUUGUGGAUUCCAACUUGCUUCGCAUCUGCGUCCCAAGACGGAACGGUGAGGAUCUGGGGAGAUAAGAAUAUGAAUCCGUUAUCUGUCUUUGUUCCACACCAUAAGCAGCCAGUGAACUCUGUUGCUUUCGUCUCCGCCCCUCGGCGUCCUGACCAUGCGGUUUUGGUUACUGCGGGUCCUUACAACCGGGAGCUGAAGCUGUGGGCGCAAUCAACAGCCGAUGGACUACCUUCCAAACCUGGUGGUGGUAACUGGCAGUGCAUACAAACAUUAGAGCUCAAGAGUUCUGCUUCGGAAGGAUGGGUAGACAAAGCUUUCUUCAAUCAAGUCCUAGUUGUGCCCCGGGCUAGCCUUAUAUUACUGGCAAAUGCAAAGAAAAAUGCAAUCUAUGUUGUGCAUUUGGAAUUUGGAUCGACAGCUGCAGCUACCCGGAUGGAUUAUCUUGCCGAGUUUUCAGUUACAAUGCCUAUACUGAGCUUGACUGCAACAAGCGAGGGUGUUUCGGAUGGUGAAGGCACAGUUCAAGUAUAUUGUGUUCAGACACAAGCCAUUCAGCAGUAUGCACUUGAUUUGUGUCAGUGUCUGCCUCCUCCAGAGGAGCCCUCCAUAGACAUUGCAGCCGCCUUAGACAAGAGUCUCAUGGGAUCACAAGUCAGCAGUCCACUUGCGGGUCAAACUUUUACUCAUGUAGAUUCUGGGUACCCAACUAUACUGAACGAACUGACAACAGUGUCGAUGACGACAAAUUCUGUCACAGCAGGUCCCAGUGGUAGUCCUGCAGGUCCCAGUGUGGGCUCUGCAUUUACUAACCAAACAGACGUAUCGACUUCCUAUGAACAAAGCAGUUCAUUUUCUGAGGCUUCAGUCCUCCUAGAGCCUAAGGUCUCGACCAAACAUCAGGCUAUUGAAGCCGAUUUGUCAGAAACAAAUGACGCUCUUAGUCGCUUCAAUGAUGCACCUAGUGCCCCAAGUGUGCGUCCUGUUAGUCCAGCCCAGCUGCCCCCGUUUUUGAAGAGGCAGUCUCAGUCGGAUAGCCCAACGAAGGUUUCUGAAGAUGGAUAUGUAUUGGUUUCCGCAAGUUCAGCAGGAUCAGGAGGUUCCCCGGAGCAGCCCGACAAUGGUUUAGUCCAGGAGCAACCGCCAGUAGAAUCGUUAUUGACAGAAGUAGGUGGAUUGGAUUCGGUGUCCACUACCUCUCAAGGUGGAGAUGAGGUAUUUGAGAAAGAUGAAGAUGCCGUGUUGGGUGCAACAUCAAAGAGUGGCAAGUCAUUGACUGCACAGCAAAAAUCGAACUCAGGUCCUGUUCAUCUGAUCACUCCCUCAGAGCUGAUGUCCAUGGUAGCUCGGUCAAAGGCCUCUGAAGUAGAUAGCAAUGUGCCCACCUCUCCUCCUGCUACUGGAGCGGAUGCUUGUAAAUUAGAAGCAAGUACUGAUGAGGAGAUUCCUACUUCGGAUGCAGAACGUUUGAGAACAGAGCUCAUUGUCACGACGGAGAGUAGUCUUGUCCAGCCAGAGAGUGCUGGUGUAAGGGACGGAGGGUACGAUGAAAUAUCAGUUAUGAUGCCGGACGUGAAGGAAAAGAUACAAGUCUCUUCGAGCUUAGAGUUCAGUAGUAAAGAAUUUAGCUGGGACGGAAAUGCUCCAGGUGAAACUGUCCCCGGUGAUGAAGUUCUACAAGUUGAGGAUGGCGACAUUCUAGACGAGAGGGAGCAUCUGACAAGUUCACCUGCGGAAGAAGCACAAGAGCAAGUGAAAGAUCUUAGUGUCAAAGUGGGAGAGGCAACAUCAGGUGCCAUAGUACCUUCACAGUCACCAGCUGUGGUCAAGGGAAGGAAAAACAAAAACAAGACCAACGUGGGUGCUGCAGGUGUAGGUUCGGUUCCCCCUGUCUCACUGUCGUCACCAUUGGCGAUAUCUGUUUCUACUGCGGGGAAUUCUACUACCUCUGAAGGAGAAAGUAGUACGACUGCAAAUAUUGUUCCGUCGGAUGCAGGUUUGGCGUACCAAGUGGCGAGUAUGCAAGAGUCAAUCUCUCAGUUGGUCGCAAUGCAUAAGGAGCUUCAGAAGCAGAUGACUGUUAUGGUGGCCAUCCCUGUAUCCAAAGAAGGAAAGAGAAUGGAGAGUGCCCUAGGUCAGCGGAUGGAGAAGUUGUUGAAAGCUCACGUUGACGCCAUGUGGGCGCGGAUUCAAGAGGAGAAUGUGAAGAAAGAAAAACUGGAACGAGAUCGCGUGCAGCAGUUGACAAGCUUGUUGUCAAACUCCCUUAGUAAAGAUCUACCUGCAACUGUCGAGAGAAUCUUCAAGAAGGAGUUGACGACAAUCGGACCUGUUAUUGUACGAUUAGUGACUCCAAGUGUUGAAAAGACAACCCUGGCAGCAGUCUCAGACGCUCUGCAGAAGGGGUUAUUAGAGAAAGUUACUCCUCAGUUGGAGAAGGUUGUUGCUACAAAGCUUGAGGCCGCAGUAACGAGACAAUUGCAAACACAACUAGGCAUGGUGUUGAGACCUGCAUUGCAGGAUGCACUGCGUUCAUCGUUUGAGACAGCAGUUAUACCAGGCUUUGAGCGAUCUUGUCAGGCCAUGUUUGAGCAGAUUGACACCACAUUCCAGAGAGGUUUGGCAGAGCAUACAGCUGGUGUUCAGCAACAGUUUGAGGCAUCUCAUUCUGCCCUAGCAGCUAGUCUUCAGGACACCAUGAUGUCAGCUUCAUCUUUGGCCACUUCUUUGAAGUCCGAGCUGAGUGAAGGGCAAAGAAAAUUAAUAGCUUUAGCUGAAAAUGCGGGAGCCAAUGCGGCAAGAGCAUCUUUGACUGCAGUCAAGCAGAGCAAUGGAGGUCUUCCUGACAAGGUUCUGUCCCUUCAACAUUUGGAGGAGUCUCUUGAUCCCACCAUUGAGUUGACUAGAUUAGUGAAUGAGCGGAAGCUUGAAGAGGCCUUCAACAAGGCUUUAUCUCUAAGUGACGUUGCAAUUGUAUCUUGGCUUUGCAAUCAGGUCGAUCUCAAAACCCUUUUUUCAAUGGUUCCACUGCCUCUAAGUCAAGGAGUACUUCUAUCUUUAGUACAGCAACUGGGUUGUGAUCUUGGCAAGGAUACAGCACACAAACUGGAGUGGAUCAGGGAAGGUGCUCUGGCCUUGAAUCCCAAAGAUCCAGUUCUUGCCCCCCAUAUGCGACCUUUCUUGGAGCAACUUUACCAAAAUUUGCACCGACAGAUGCAUCUAACCACCGCAGGUGGUGAACUUGCUAACUCCAUGCGACUGGUUCUUCACGUGGUGAACUCUCUGCUGACAGCGUGCAAAUGAAUGAAUUUCCUCUAAGGAGGAAGUCAUCCGGUUUAUUUGGCUCAGUAGCACUUUUUAUCCUUCGACAGGUCCUGUAUCCUGUAGGGUUGUAAAAGGUAAAGGCAGACAACCAUGAUUGGAACCACUUUGUACAGUUACGGGGAGAUAUGUGUACGAGGCCCGAGUAGUGAGACUGUAGAAUUUGCAGAGGAGUAUCUCUUGGGUGAUGGCAGUUUACUUGUAUCAAUUUUGAAAUCCAGUGUUUAUCGCAGAGACUUGUUUGCUCGAUCACAGGCAUUCUCCCUGCUUCUGUUGAUAUGAUCUUCAUUAAGUCACUGAUGUAGGACUGCUGACAAACAAGGGAUUUUGAUGUGAGAAUUAGGAGCCAUAUGGUGGUAGUUCCAUACCAGACUUGCUUCGCACACAGUGUGCAGCUUUGGUUGGCUUGGUGGCUGACUGUAGAAUGCGAUGUAGCAAAGUUAGAUGUAGUAUGUUUUAGAUGUGCCUAAUAUAUGCUUUAGUAAGGAGAUGGAUCUUUCCAUUUCCAUUCUCAUAAACAACACUUUAUCAUGUUGCCUUCUGGAAGCCAAUCGAAGAUCCAGCUCUCGUGGCGGUCCUGGUAGGCAGUCGUCAUACACUGAUUUCUGGGUUGUGUAGGUUGGGUCGAAAGGAUGGAGUGGUGUAGAUGGACACAUGUGUAUAUUGUCAGUAAUCGACCAUCACUGGUUGUUGUGUUUUGGACCGGCCCAGCUGUAGCAGGGAAGUCAGGAGUUUUAUUCUCUCGCAGGAAGUUCUUUAGCUAUUGGGCAAAGUUUCGGAAGCAUCAGCCAUUGUAACAUUUUGGAGUUUGAUGAAGACGCACCGUUUGACGAACGCUG